AUGAUAGUGAGCAGCACUUUUCAGCCAGUGGACAACCAGCUUCAUGACCUGAGCCUUGACCCGUACAGCCGGCACAUUUACUGGACCUGUGAGACAACCAACACCAUCAAUGUCCAGAGGAUGGAUGGACACACUGUGGGUGUUGUCCUGAAGGAUGACACUGACAAGCCCCGUGCCAUCAUAGUCAGCCCUGAGAAAGGGUACAUGUAUUUCACCACAGUACAAGAGCGCUCAGCUAAAAUUGAAGGCGCCAGUCUGGACGGGACAGAGAGAGAAUCUCUGUUUACCACGGGUCUGAUUAGACCAGUAGCUCUAGCUCUGGACAAUAAACUGGGAAAACUGUUCUGGGUCGAUGCUGACCUGAAACGCAUUGAGAGCAGUGAUCUUACAGGAGCCAAUCGCAUUGUCCUUCAGGAUUCCAACAUUCUCCAGCCAAUGGGGCUGACAGUCAUGGGAGGCCAUCUGUACUGGAUUGACCGGCAGCAGCAAAUGAUAGAGAGGGUGGACAAAUUGACAGGAGAUGGACGCACACGCAUUCAGGGACGGAUAUCAUACCUGACCUCCAUACAUGCUGUGGAAGAGAUGGACCCACAGGAAUUUGCAUCCCAUCCUUGUUCCCGUGACAACGGGGGUUGUUCUCAUAUCUGCAUUGCUAAGGGUGAUGGUACACCUCGCUGCUCCUGUCCAAUGCACCUGGUGUUACUGCAGGAUCUGCUGCGCUGUGGAGAGCCUCCCACUUGCUCUACGGAGCAGUUCACCUGCUCCACAGGGGAGAUCGACUGUAUUCCCAUGGCUUGGCGGUGUGAUGGUGUUACUGAAUGUGAAGAUGGUAGUGAUGAGGAGAACUGUCCCGUGUGCUUGGCCUUCCAAUUCCUGUGUGAUAAAGGAGGCUGUAUUGAUGCUCAAAGGCGCUGCAACGGGGAACAAGACUGUGCUGAUGACUCUGAUGAGCAGGACUGUGAAACUAUCUGCCCUCCCAAUCAGUUCCGCUGUAGUGACAACCAGUGCAUCACCAAGAAACAACAGUGUGAUAACUACUCUGACUGUCCCGACGGAUCAGAUGAGCUUGCUUGUGAGAAUGUUUCACCUCCCUCCAGUGACAUCCCCAACACAGGGCCCAACACCAUCGGUCCAGUCAUUGCCAUCAUCCUGCUGGUUUUUGUUAUUGGGGCAGCUUAUGUUGUUUGCCAGCGUGUGGUGUGUCAUCGCUACAAGGGCCCUAGUGGGACUUUUCCUCAUGAGUACAUUGGUGGUUCGCCCCAUGUACCCCUGAACUUCAUCUCCCCAAGCAGCUCCCAGCAUGGCACCUUCCAAGGGAUUUCUUGUGGAAAGUCCAUGAUGAGUUCCGUCAGCCUGAUGGGCAGCAACAGCAGUGGAGCACCCCUCUACGACAGGAACCAUGUGACUGGAGCCUCAUCUAGCAGCUCAUCAUCUACCAAGGGAGCCUUCUACCCUCAGAUCCUGAACCCACCUCCAUCCCCGGCUACUGACCGCUCUCUCUACAACACAGAGAUUUUCUACUCUUCCAACAGUCCGUCCACCACCAGAUCAUACAGACCUUACCAUCCAGUCCGUGGCACUGCCCCGCCUACUACGCCCUGCAGCACUGACGUCUGUGACAGUGACUACACCCCCCACCACCUGCCGACUGGGCUGGCAUCAUCAACAGGCCGCUGGAAGGCCGUGGGCCAUGGCAGCCAUGGCAAACACACCAAAUACUACAUGGACCUUAACUCAGACUCUGAUCCCUACCCUCCACCCCCCACUCCCCGUUCCCAGUACCUAUCAGCUGAGGACAGCUGCCCUCCAUCCCCAUCCACAGAGCACUCCUACUUUCACCUUUGCCCCCCUCCUCCCUCACCCUGCACCGACUCCUUGUGACCCUCCAACAGCCCAAGAGUCCUGUGAGGAUGGAAAGGACAGAGUAUGCUUGCCUCAUUCAGAAGUGGCCUCGUCUGGCCCACUUUACCAGGGAAAGAACUAAUGUGCCAAAUUCAGCCCUGAGCGGCUCACACAUGCUGCUUUAUCUCAGCUGCUUAGGUUGAAGUGCCUUUUUCAAGAUUCCUAUGUCCCACUUUGUUCAUAUCAUCAUUCCAGUCUAACUGGAGCUCUCAGGGUGACCAUUGUUUGAUCAGUUUGUCUCCCAUGUGCUCUGCUCUAACAUCCCACUUAAUCAUUUUUACUCCUCCAUAAGAAGAAACAUUUCCUUUGCUGGUCAACAAAAUUUCAAGCUUUCCCUCUGACCAAAUUUGAGCCCAACUCCUGGCCUCACCUGAAAUCUCUAACUUAGAGAGUCACCAAAAGGCACUGCUGUUGUGUGGAAACCAUAGGUUCAAUGCCACGUUAUCAAUUAAGAACAAAGCCAAGGCAUGGAAGCCCAGAAACCCCUCUCCUAACUUCCCACCAUUUGUCUUCUCUUUCCUCACAGCAUCCUUUUUGGCAGACCAGAAGCAAGACUGUAUAUAGGAUUUGAAUUAAUUGUAACAAAAAUAGAUAAGAGAGGAAUUGUUUGCUAUUUUAUUCAUUCUGGCUGAUCCACUGUCACUCAGAAAACAAGCUCAGGAUAGACGGAUUAGAGGUUGAGUGAUGGAUGAAUAAUUGGAAAACAUACAAGACUUUUGCUUAAUGUAGGAUAUUAGAUAAUUUUAUAGAUGAUGACAUAAUAAAUGUGUUGAAUUAUGAAUGGAUGAGUGGAUGGAUGGAUCAGAGCCUAGAUCAAAGUGUGAAGUAUUCUGUACAUUAUUUUGAAAUUGUGUCGCUCAUCAUUUCAAAUUGGUAAUUCUAUGUAGUUGAAUAUGGGCUCUUUUGAAUUGGUAGAGAUUUGCCCAAUCCAACUAAGAUGAACCUGCCAUUGGUCCCAUGAAAUGACUACAUGACAACAACAUACCAAAUUAAUAUCAACAUGUACAGCUAUUGUACAUAUGUGUUAUGAGUGAGCUGUGACAAAUGGAUGCUUUUCAUUGUGAAUCUGAACAUCUUCCAUCAACUUUUCUUCACUCUCAUCAUCCAGUUUACCAAAAGUAUGUUUGCUGCUAUUGUGUACAUUUUAUACCAGUUACUAUAACAUAUAAUUACACAGAAAGCCCAUAAGUACCACUCGCAUACUGGCAGUAUCUCUUCAAGCUAUUUGACAGUUAUAACAAAUUAUUUUUAUAGCAACUUGUAUUUGUUUUUUCUUAUGUGUGUCAUUCAUUUUGUACAGGGUUUUUUUUGGGAUGGUAAAGUGAAAGGUUGAAAGAGUUCCAGUUGAGACAUUUUAGUGGUUCCAAAAAGUGACUGAAGGUUUCAGUGCGCUUUCAAAUAAAUCAACCCUGAUGUCUGUCCAGUAACUUCUGGUCUUGACACAAUGGAUCGUAAAACACAAGAAGUUCAAACCCUGUCUGCUUACACACCUGGCCAUUCUCUGUGUAAGGUGGGCAAGGAAUGCUGUUUUAGACUCUGUUAGGCAGUUGGUUUAAAGCACAGUUAAUAUCCUUUAACUGACUGCAAUUUUAGCUGAAAGAUUCCUGAACAACCACUGAACACAGUCACCUGAUGUACUUCUGAUGCUUACUCUUAUAAUCUGAUAAAUGACCAAGAGGCAAAAUGAUGCUUAAGGGAAUAAACACGAAUGAAACUGACCUGCCCACACCACAGAUGUAUUGAUGUGGGGGAUGUACAAGGCAACAUUUACUUGAUUUCAGUAUUUUUGUGUAAUAACAAGACUGGGACCACAAUCAUCAAAGUAGCUGUACAGACUGCAUCAUUUACUAAUCAAUUGUUCAUCUUCACAGUUAGUCGUUUCAAGUUUAGAUUUAGGCUUUUAAUGUUUUUAUAUUCGGCCUGCUGUCACUCUAGCACAUAAAUAUCAGCAAAAGCGCCAACACCAAAACAGUGGAGACAUAUACAUAAAUGAACAAAAAUCUCUUCUCGGACAAAGAGAAACACAAUGAUUUCAGUGUGUUAUUUGACUGUCAAGAAACAAGAGCAAGCUGUGUGUGUUUGUGCGUGUGUUUUGGCACUCACAGUCAGUGUUGGUCAUUCUGAGGUUUCCUGAAAGAAGAUGUUGCUGUUGCCUGAUUAAUGUAUACUAUGUCAGCUGACAUUACAGUUGCUGUCUGGUAACUGGCUGUAGGGGGAUUUCCUGUCAACACAGCUGAAGUUGUGCCUAUCUGAGCUCCAAGCAGGCCAUUUUAAAGGAUGUAUAGGCACCAAAUCAAACCACUGUGUCAGUGAAACUCCUAAGACCCUGUUUUUGUUAUCUUAAACUAAAUUUUUGUCUAUUUUACACUUGUGACCGUUUUUUUUGUAUCAGAAGCAUUUUAUAUAAUAAAGGUUAUAUUUUAAUGAA